AUGACAGAAGGCGAGAAACAACAGAGCGCUGGCGGCACCAACGCCGCGCCACAGCACAGGAAAGGGCACAGGAGGCAAGAGUCAAUGUAUGCCAUGACGGGUCUUUACGCCGAAUCGACGUGUGCCGAGGGCAGCGAUGUGGCUGGACCCAGCACGCCGCCGCACACCGCACACCCUCCACGGGAAUCCAUCAAGUGCCACAGCAGGAACCCUUCUGCCGGCAUUUGCGACAGAGAUCGCGAGCGAGAGAGGGAGAAAGAGAAGCCACACCAGCUGUUCCCAGAAAUAUUAGACAUUCCUCAUGACGCACGUGACUGCGGCAUCCUUUCUUGGAGACCGUUAUUCAUUCAGAGAUUUUCUAGUAUUAAAGUAUUUGUAUUUUUCCUUUCGUUCCUAGUUACGCUUCAGCAAGCGUUAAGCUCCGGAUACAUAAACUCUGUGAUAACGACAAUCGAGAAACGUUUCGAGAUCCCGUCAAGCCUUUCGGGUCUCAUCGCAAGCAGCUACGAGAUCGGCAAUGUUAUCACCGUGAUCUUUGUCUCGUAUCUCGGUAGCAGAAGGCACAUACCCGUUUGGAUAGCAGUCGGCGCUGUUAUAAUGGGUAUCGGAUCGUUGGUGUUCGUGGUGCCUCACUUCAUAGCGGAGGCGAACAGCGAGAUGAUGGCGAACAACAAGUCGGACGACAACAUCUGCAGGCUGCCGCGCGCUCUGGAGCAGGACAUGGGUGGGCUGGGCCGCCUGUCACAGGGACUGCCGCCCAGCAACUUGAGGCCCGACAACUGCAUCAAGAGUUCGCCUAGCACAUUCGUGCCAGUGAUGGUGUUCGUGGUGGCGCAGUUGUUGUUAGGUUGCGGCGGCUCCCCGCUCUUAACGCUCGGCACUACGUACGUCGACGAUCACGUUCGCCCUGAAUCCUCCAGCAUGUAUAUCGGAUGUAUGUACAGCAUGGCUGCUUUUGGUCCUGUACUUGGCUUCUUGCUUGGUGCCUACUUACUCUCCUUUCAUAUGGAUUCCUUUUCCGGUACUAUUAUAUCAAUUGAUCCUGGAGACCAUCGUUGGGUGGGCAUGUGGUGGGGUGGAUUCCUCCUUUGCGGGCUGCUAUUAAUUUUAGUAGCUAUUCCUUUCUUCUCCUUUCCGAAAGUAUUGGUGCGAGAAAAGGAGAAAAUACGAUUGGUGGAAAAAGCCGCAGCUGCCAGCGGUUCCUCAACGAAACCACCUUCAAAACCCCAAACAGAUAUAAAAGAUACCGGUUACGGGAAAGAUAUCAAAGACAUACCGGUAUCGAUGUGGCGUCUUCUCAAAAACCCUGUGUACGUGGUGACCUGUCUCGGAGCUUGUAUGGAGCUGAUGAUAGUUUCCGGAUUUGUUGUGUUCCUUCCUAAAUACUUGGAGACACAGUUCAGCCUCGGAAAAAGCCAAGCUAGUGUUUUCACAGGUUCCAUAGCGAUUCCAGGAGCGUGUAUUGGCAUAUUCAUGGGAGGAUGUUUAUUGAAGAGGCUAGAAUUGCGACCGAAGGGUGCUGUGCAAUUUGUGUUGAUUUCUAACACGAUCUGCCUCUCAUGCUACGCUCUUCUGUUCUUCCUCGGUUGCGACAACAUCAAGAUGGCCGGCACUACUAUACCGUAUACCAAUAACAGCAACUUGGAGCCGUUCAAGGUGAACCUGACGGCGGCGUGCAACUUCAAUUGCCUGUGCACGGAGACGGACAUGGAGCCGGUGUGCGGCAACAACGGCCUCACCUACUUCUCGCCCUGCCACGCCGGCUGCGCCGCCUUCUCCUCGCGCUCCAACUUCACCAACUGCGCCUGCGUGCACGAGAACAGCCGCGGGUCGGGCGGGGGCGGGGGCGCGGGCGCGGGGGCGGGCGCGGUGCUGGGCGGCGCGGCGGCGGCGCUGAGCGCGCAGUUCGGCGACGUGACGGUGGUGCCCGUGGCCACGGCCGGCGCCUGCAACCCGCCCUGCACCACCAUCUUCCCCUUCCUCGUGCUGCUCUUCUUCAUGACCUUCGUCGUCGCCGUCACGCAGAUGCCGCUGCUCAUGAUCGUACUCAGAUCCGUUAGCGAGGAGGAGCGUUCGUUCGCUUUGGGAAUGCAAUUCGUCAUAUUCCGACUGUUCGGUUACAUUCCGGCGCCGAUCGUCUUCGGCAACCUAAUCGACUCCACGUGCAUCUUGUGGAAGCAAUCAUGCAGUGGCGAGAAAGGCGGCCGCUGCCUGCUAUAUGAUAUUGAACAAUUCCGAUAUAGGUAUGUGGGUUUAUGCGGAGGCAUAAAAAUUGUAGCACUGGGCAUAUUCCUCGCAGACUGGUGGCUGGUACGGCGACGCCGACAUCUGGAGACCACUGCGCCAUUAGACCCACACAAAGAUAUCGCCGGCUCUAUCAUCAGCUUGGACAAACUUUUCGAGGAGCUCCCGUCGGCGGAGAACGCGAGCGGGUUCCGGUCGGCGGUGACGUCGGGCCCGAGCUCGGCGAGCACGACGCCGCUGGAGCCGAGCGAGGCGGCCGAAGCGGAGCGCAGGCGGCUGCAGCGCACUGAGUCGCAGUACUCGCACGAGUCGCACGCGCGCGCCGCCAGCUCGCGCGUGCUCGUGGCCUCGCGCCACCUCCGCAACGACUCCAAGACCAUCCAGCUGGAGCCGCGCGCGCGCCACCACUCGCACCAGCACUCGCGCCACCACUCGCUCGACGAGCCGGAGCGCCCCUUUCCGCGCUCCGUGUCGCACUCGCACUCGCGCAACGACUCCAAGCCGCAUUCGCGCUCCGAUUCGCGCGACCUCAGUCUCGAGCAACUCAAGCAACUCGCCAUCAAAAGCAUGGAGAGCCUCGACCUCACCGUGCUCCCGCUCACCAAGUGCGUUGACGAGGAAAGCAAACGACUCAUAGAAGGAAGCGGCGUACUCCGACAUCGCCGCACCGGCUCCAGGGACCUCAAGCCUCCGGAUACGAAGCACAAGCGAACCUCGUCACACCACAUCACAAUGGAGCCCAACGAGCUCAGUCUUCAGAUGCACAAGGGUCGUAGCGUCGAUCAACUUGCGACCUCUCCGCUCGAUCCGCGCGUGUGA